GACUCUCUGCUACUAUUAAGCUUAGUUAUUUGCUCCUCCAGUCCUUCUCAUCGACCCUAACAUCUCAACUUCGAAGCAACAUCACCUGAGCUCUCUGCUGCUUCCAUGGCGACGGCCGCCGUUACCAAGAAGAAGGGCCUGAAGGCGAAAAAGCUUCCAAUUAAGAAGAAGCAGAAGAAGGAUUCUUUCUCUGAAAAACCGCCGAAAAAGCUCGAACUUAUCGAGGAUUCUGAUAGCCCAAAUGAAGAACCCGAAGUAGAAGGAGUAGAAGGAGAUGACUCUGCUUCUGAAAUUUCUUCUGACGGGGACGAUGUCUUCGCCGAUGAUUUUCUCCAAGGCAGCGAUGAAGGAGAGAAGGGUUCGGAUUCGGAUUCGUAUUCUGAUUCAGAAGAGUCAGAUAUAGAAGAUAAGUCCAGAGCUAUCGAUGAAGAGAGGGCGAGGGAAGAAGAAGAAGCAGAGGAGGAAUUGCAGCUCAACAUUAAAGAAGAAUCGGACGAGUUCCGCUUGCUUACCGAAGAGGAGCUUGAAGAAGAGACACAUCGCCCCCCUGAUCUUCCGAAUCUUCAGCGGAGGAUGAAAGAGAUUGUUCGAGUGCUUUCAAAUUUUAAGUCUUUAAGGCAAGAGGGAGUGACACGGAAGGAUUACGUUGAGCAGCUUAAAAGGGAUUUAAGUUCUUACUAUGGUUACAAUGACUUCCUGAUUGGUGUCUUGAUCGAGAUGUUUCCAGUUGUUGAGCUCCUAGAACUUAUUGAAGCUUUUGAAAAGCCUAGACCCAUUUGUCUACGAACUAAUACUUUAAAGACACGGAGACGGGAUUUGGCUGAUGUGUUGAUAAAUAGAGGGGUAAACCUGGAUCCCUUAAGCAAGUGGUCAAAGGUUGGACUGGUUGUUUAUGAUUCUCAAGUACCAAUUGGUGCAACUCCUGAAUAUAUGGCUGGCUACUACAUGCUACAAAGUGCAAGCUCCUUUUUGCCUGUAAUGGCCCUUGCUCCUCAAGAGAGGGAGCGAAUUGUAGAUAUGGCGGCUGCUCCUGGUGGUAAAACAACUUAUAUAGCAGCUCUUAUGAAGAACACUGGAUUAAUUUAUGCAAAUGAAAUGAAGGAGCCUAGACUCAAGUCACUCACUGCAAAUUUGCACCGUAUGGGUGUAACAAACACCAUAGUUUGUAAUUACGAUGGGAAGGAGCUGCCAAAGGUCUUGGGACUAAACACUGUUGAUAGAGUGUUGUUGGACGCCCCCUGUAGUGGAACUGGAGUUAUAUCUAAGGAUGAGUCUGUCAAAGCCUCUAAAAGUUCUGAAGAUGUACAAAAUUGUGCUUUUCUGCAGAAGCAAUUGAUACUUGCAGCGAUUGACAUGGUGGAUGCUAAUUCCAAAUCUGGGGGAUACAUCGUCUACUCCACUUGCUCUAUAAUGAUUCCAGAGAAUGAAGCAGUUAUAGACUAUGCGCUGAAAAAAAGGGAUGUGCAGUUGGUCCCAUGUGGACUAGACUUUGGCCGUCCAGGAUUUACACGCUUUAGAGAGCACCGGUUUCACCCUGCGCUAGAAAAGACUAGGCGCUUUUACCCCCAUGUUCAAAACAUGGAUGGGUUUUUUGUGGCUAAGUUGAAGAAAUUGAGCAAUUCCAAACCAACACUGAAGCCAUCCGAAGAAUCAGGAACUGUAGAACAGGCACCUGGGCCUGAUAAUGCACAAAUCAAUGAAAAGAACAACACAGAAGGAAAACCUCAACCACCCGAAGUUGCUAAUCUUAAGAAGGCAAAAAGCAAUGGUGGCUUCAGAAAGGGUUUAUCACCCAAUGGGAAUCAAGAGCCACAAGAUAAAGCCAAAGAUAAAAAAAGGAAGCUUCCAUCAAGAGAAGAAAUCGCAAGAGCUAGAGAAGAGAAGAGGAAAGCUUUGAGGAAAAAUAAAGCUUUGACGCAAUAAAGAACAGAUAUGAAGAGGUCGCUCAAUGAAGAACUAGCAUAUGAAGCAUGGAUUGGUGGAAUGCAAGUGCGUGGGAGAUGCGUGGUAGAAUGACAUUGGCUUGGUAAAUCAAUUCCAGUGAGGCAAAUUGGGAUGGCAAGACAGCAAGCCAAUCAAUUAUGUUAUUGCAAUGUGAUAUUAGAAUGCAUGUCCAGGGAUUGAUUCAUGGUUUUCACCUGCAUUAUGUUGUUCAACCUCCUUGGUAAAACAUCAGCAUCUGGCUAAUCAUGUAGGGGUAGAUCUGCUUUCCCUCCUCUGGCUCAUCGAGUUAGAAAAGUUUUGUUUUCUUGUGUUUCU